CCCUUCACUGAUUCCUUUGUGUAGUAAUCUGCCAAGUUGUUAACUCAUUAGCAAGUUGCUCUCCCCUUAGUGCUCUCUCGUCUGCUUCUUGGGACUUCCCAGGUCGACGUGGGCUUUAACAAUCUCUGUCAGCUUCCAAAGGUUCCUUGAACUCUAUUAAGCGUGAUAUUCCCCAAUUGCAGCUCGGCUACUCCCUAGUCCGUGGACCGUAAUGUAUCCUAGGACAGCGAUAAUUCCGCGAUAAGGUUUUCCUCCCCACUUUCUGCAGGUUGCCUCCUUAUAAGUAGUCCUAGCUUGUCUCCCUUCAUUUGUGCCCCCAAUGACAAAUAACCUGCAACUUGUUCGGUCCCUCCUCGCGUUCGCCGUCCUCUCCUGCUUGCUUUUCCUUCCCGUGGUUAUUGCCAAAUCCAAUCACCAUGGCCACAGAAAGAAGCAUUCCCACCCAAUCUCGCAAAUCUCCGCCCAGCCUUUCCCUGCCCCUGAGGCUGCCCCUGGUCCCAGCUCCGAGGAUGAACCAGAGGAUGAGACGGGGGUCUUUGAUGUGAGGAAGUUUGGGGCGGUAGGGGAUGGGGCCACAGACGACACGGACGCAUUCAAGAUGGCCUGGGACGCAGCGUGCAGGGCCGACAAUGGUGGUCGAUCCACCAUCCUCGUGCCUCGUGGUCAUUCCUUCAUGAUUCAGUCCACCAUUUUCACCGGGCCAUGCAAGUCCAGCAUCCUCUUCCAGAUUGAUGGGACCAUAAUGCCACCGGAUGGGCCUGAGCUGUGGCCACAGAUAAAGAGUAAGAGGCAGUGGCUGGUCUUCUAUAGAGUCAGUGGAAUGUCUUUGCAAGGUGGCGGCCUCAUUGAUGGCAAAGGCGAAAAGUGGUGGAAUCUCCCUUGCAAGCCCCACAAGGGAGUGAAUGGAACAACUAUGCCCGGUCGGUGCGACAGUCCGGUGACUUUAAGGUUCUUCAUGAGCAGUAACCUGACGGUUUACGGCCUCAAAAUCAAGGACAGCCCUCAGUUCCAUUUCCGCUUCGACGGGUGCCAGAACGUCCGCGUCCAGUCCCUCACCAUUAAGUCACCUGCCUUGAGCCCUAACACCGACGGGAUUCACAUAGAGAACACAAACAAUGUGGAGAUUUACGAUUCUGUUAUCUCCAAUGGUGAUGAUUGUGUAUCGAUUGGAGCUGGCUGCUACAAUGUUGACAUAAGGAACAUAACUUGUGGUCCUAGUCAUGGAAUAAGCAUCGGCAGCCUAGGCGUGCACAAUAGCCAUGCGUGUGUGUCAAACAUCACUGUGUCAGACUCGAAGAUCAAGCAUUCCGACAAUGGGGUUCGCAUCAAAACUUGGCAGGGCGGGUCCGGGGCGGUGUCCAAGAUAACCUUCAACAACAUCCACAUGGACACCGUCCGGAACCCGAUCAUCAUAGACCAGUACUACUGCCUGACCAAGAACUGCACCAACCAGACGUCGGCCGUCUAUGUCUCGGACGUCAUGUACUCAAACAUCAAGGGUACGUACGACGCGAGGAGCCUGCCGAUGCACUUUGGGUGUAGCGACUCAGUCCCGUGCACGAACCUCACGCUCUCCGAGGUCGAGCUGCUCCCGGCCCAAGGGGAUUUCGUGAUGAACCCUUUUUGCUGGAAUGCUUAUGGGGUUAUGGAAACCCUAACUAUCCCGCCGGCUAUGUGCCUUUUGGAGGGAAUACCAGAAAAGUUAACGGAGCCUGAGGUUGGUCGGUGCUAAUUUGGAACCAACUUGGAUUAUAUUUAUGAACAAAUGGAGAAAAAGAAGAGAGAAAGAACAACGUUAUUGUAUCAAAAAAAAAUGUACGUAGAAAAGCUAAAAGUAGUCUUUAUCUAAUUACAAUAAUGACUAUUUUCCAGUUAUACACACAUAUAUAUAGAUAUAUAUACUCCAAGUUUUCCUUUUU